AUGUUUGAUACGCUCGUCUACAACGCGUCCAGCCUCUGGGCCCGGACUCUCGCCACCUAUGGCGCGCGCCGCGUCGAGCUUGUCGGCCUCGUGGUCGUCCAGUUCCUGUCGUUCUGGGUCACGUCCGCCAUCUACACGGCCCUCCCGUGGCUCGCGCCCGCCUUCUCCGAGCGCCACAAGAUCCAGCCCGCGCCCAAGCAGCCGACCGCCGCCGACAUCCGGCACUGCGCCUACGUCGUCCUGCAGAACAACGUCUUCUCCUUCGCCCUCAGCGCCGGCCUCUCCCUGCUGGCGGGCGACCCCGCCGACCACGCCAGCAAGCUCCUGGGCCUGCGCAUCGAGGCCGCGCUGCCGUCGCUCGCCGAGUUUGCGCGCGACAUGCUCGUGUCCACCGUCCUGCGCGAGAUCCUCUUCUACUACGCCCACCGCCUGCUGCACCAGCCGCGCUUCUACCGCGCCAUCCACAAGCAGCACCACAAGUUCAUCGCGCCCGUCGCCCUCGCCGCCCAGUACGCCCACCCCGUCGAGCACCUCGUCGCCAACAUGCUGCCCAUCGGCCUGCCCCCGCUCCUCCUGCACGCGCACGUCCUCACCUACUGGGCCUUUGUCGCCUUCAUGCUGGUCGAGACCGCCACCGUCCACAGCGGCUACGACUUCUUUGACGGCGCCGCCAAGAUGCACGACGCCCACCACGAAAAGUUCAAUCUCAACUACGGCUCCCUCGGCGUCAUGGACUGGCUGCACGGCACCGACGGUCUGAAGAAGGCCAAGAAGGGGGAGUAG